AUGAAAAUCCCUGCAAUUCCACUGCUCGGUCUGCUUCCCACUCUAACUUCAACCUCUCCUCUUCACCACGCUUCUUGUGUUUCACCACAAUCUAUCUCCAAUUCCUCAAACACAUACGAUUACAUCGUCACGGGCAGUGGCCCGGGCGGCGGCACUAUCGCUUCAAAUCUAGCUCGCGCUAGCUACUCUGUUCUGCUGAUUGAAGCGGGAUCUGAUGCUUCGUCCGACAUUCGUACUCAGGUACUUGCUUUGAAUGACUUCUCGAAUGCGAAUGUAGCUUGGCACUUUUUUGUGAAGCACGGUGAUGAUGAAGAGAGGCUGAAAAGGUAUAAUUUGUUGGUUUGGAGAUUGGAGAAUGGGGAAUAUUGGGUUGGGAAAGAUCCCAGUGCUGAAGGACACGUAAAUGCUGAGAGGUUGGGUAUUUUCUACCCAAGGGGUGCUACGCUGGGUGGAAGCGCAAUAAUCAAUGCCGCCGCGACAUUCCUGCCGAGUGAUAGCGACUGGGAUUUUUUUGACAAAGGAGUUGAAGAUGGUAUCUGGAGCGCCAAACUGAUGCGCGAAUAUUUUGAGAAGAUUGAGCACAACAACUACCUUGACAAAGACACUCCCGGCCACGGCUUCACAGGCUGGCUGCAGACCAAUAUUGCCGAUCGUGCCACUCAUGCAGCUUCAACACUUCGCUUCAAGGUCUUCGAAGCAUGCUUGAGGUUGGUGGGAAAGGAUCCAGAAAAGGUUUUGGACUAUCUCACUAGCGACGGUAACUACCUGGAUCUAAUGCGUGACCAGUCAGAGGGUUUAUGGUCACUGCCUUAUCACGUUACACCGAACUGGAGGCGCUUCAGUCCACGCGAUCGUGUUCUGGAAACGCGUAAUCUGACGAAUGCGACGCUGCAUCUCCAACUCGAGUCUUUGACCACGAAGGUGCUGUUCGAUAGCUGCAGUGGUAAUGACACGAAGCCGCGAGCAGUUGGAGUCGAAUAUCUUCAAGGCAAGUCGGUAUACAAGGCCGAUCCGCGCCGCAACGCUUCCAGCACAGGCACUCUACAUCAAGCUUUCGCUCGAAAAGAGGUCAUUGUGUCUGGCGGUACCUUCAACUCCCCACAGAUUCUGCAACUCUCUGGCAUCGGGCCCAAAGCCCUCCUCGAUAAAUACGACAUUCCCGUAGUCUCUGACUUACCAGGAGUGGGACGCAAUCUCCAGGACAAUUACGAGAUACCCGUCUACGGAAACGCUCAGGUCAGCUUGGCGGCAGCGCCUGAUCCCGAUGCUCCACAAUGUACAUACGGUGCUCCAGGCGAUCCAUGUCUUGAUCUCUGGUACAAGGGGGAAGGGCCCUACUCGCGAGGUGACUCAAACUCAAACGCCUUCCUCAUCAAGACGCCCCACGCAGUCGAAGGCGAAAGAGAUAUGCUUAUGUUCGCCGGCAUAGGCAGGGCUUUCGCCGGUUUCAUGCCCACGGAAUUUCUCAACCGUACAUCCUAUCCUCCCUCCACGUUCUCCUGGUCAACAGUCAAAAUCCACCCCCAGAAUACCGCCGGCUACGUACAGAUCCAGUCAGCAAACGCAAUCGAUACACCAGAAGUGAAUCUGAACUAUUUUGCCGAGGGUGCGGAAACAGAUCUCAAUGCCAUGCUCGACACAGUUGCUUUUGCGCGUAGAGCCUUUGCUUCUACCGAAGCACCAGUUGGUCCUGUAACCUCUGUUUCUCCCCCUUGCCCACCUGAAGACAUUCUCGACACAGGCUAUUGUCGAGACACGCAAAUUGACAAAGACUGGAUACAAGACCAGGCUUUCAGUCACCACCCUACAAGCACCAAUAAGGUUGGGCCAGACUCUGAUCCUUUGGCUGUACUAGAUACGAGGUUGAGAGUUAGAGGAGUUCAGGGAUUGCGUGUUGUAGACGCCAGUGCGUUUCCCAGAUGUCCCGGGGCAUUCCCGGCGGUUAGUACAUUUUUGUUGAGUGAGAGGGCGACAGACUUGGUGUUGGAGGAUGUGGGGAAGUGGUAGGCUAGGUAUUGGUGUCGUAUCGUGGAUAGAGAAUGCCGUCCUAGGAAGAGAAUAUGGGUAAAAAGACUGCCAUCGCUGUCACGCAAACCGAAUACAAUCUUGUGUGUCUUUAGUACAGACGAAUGACAACAAUAAAAAAAGUUCGAUGGAAGCAAU